AUGAGGUUCAACGCUGUCAUCGCCGCCACCAUCUUGGCUGCCACCGUUUCUGGUGCUGCCAUCGCCAACCCCGCCCCUCAGGCCGCCGAGGUCGCUGAGAUCGCCCCUGAGACGACUGAGGGUAUUGAAACCACCGGCUCGGCUGACGAUGUCUUCGAAAUCCCCGAGGGUUACUACUACGUCGAGGACGCUUCCGAGGAAGCAAUCGGCAAACGCGAAGCCGAUGCUGAGGCCAAGAAGGGUGACUGGGUCUGGUCUCCUCCCUACCGCCCUAUUGGCCUUCCGGUCGGCAAACGUGAUGCGGAGGCUGAGGCUGGAAAAAGCAAUUGGGUCUGGUCUCCUCCUUACCGCCCGAUCGGCCUGCCUGUGGGCAAGCGUGAUGCUGAGGCCGAAGCUCAGGCCGGAAACUGGGUCUGGUCUCCUCCCUACAGGCCCAUUGGUCUCCCAGUCGGUAAGCGUGACGCUCAGCCCGAUGCUGGAAAGGGAAACUGGGUCUGGAGCCCUCCUUACCGCCCCAUCGGCCUUCCGGUCGGCAAACGUGAUGCUGAAGCUGAGGCUGAGGCUGGAAAGGGUGACUGGGUCUGGAGCCCCCCCUACAGACCCAUCGGCCUUCCGGUCGGCAAACGUGAUGCUGAGGCUGAGGCUGGAAAGGGAAACUGGGUCUGGAGCCCCCCCUACAGACCCAUCGGUCUCCCCGUCGGCAAGCGUGACGCCCAGGAGUAA